GUCAAGGGCGACAACAAAAGAGCGCGUCUUUUGUGUUCCGCUAUCCCGACAACACCGCCUCUCAGCGGAUACGAGGAGAGCGAGGGAAGCACGAAAGAGUCUCCUCACACCAUCCCUUUACGUCCCACUGCAAUCACGACGAGCUGCAGCGGAAGAGACGCGUUGGCCCCAACCCACUGAACCACACAAACGAGAGCAACAAUAGUACACACACACACACCGUCAUGUCGAACCCAAUUGAUGAGCAAGUCUUCGCUGCGGCGCUGAGCAACGAGUACCAAUGGCGGAAUCUGUAUUUGAAGGAGUUCGGCUGCUGCACCUACGCCCCACCCAUCCCAAAAGAUCCCACCACUACGGCAGACGGCAUCUACCCUUUACGGCGGCAGGUGGCGCAGCUGGCCCAGCCUUUUAGCGAGAGCGACUCCGACGACUUCAGUGACGGCGACGAGGAGCACCGGGCGAGCCUGUCCCUCAUGUCCCCAAACGCAACUGGGAAGGAUGCCAGCUUUCAGUCCGGCAGCCCCAACGGCUCCUCCGGCACGCACACCCGCGGCACCGUGGGCGAUCAAUUCUUCUUGUUAGACCUAUUUACGCGUCGUAGCUCCACAACACCCCAGCAACAGCAGCAGCAGCAACAACGGGGAUCUUCCAAACGCUCCAACGGUAGUCGACGCCCCAUCCGCGGGGCGGCUCUGCGCAAGGACGACUUCUUCGACGUCAACGACGCCUUCUCCACAAAGUUUUUUGGUUUUCUGUGGAAGCACGAAGACGACGACUUUGAUGGGGUUGCGGGGGAUAGCGACGACGGGGAAGCGGGGGAGUUGGACGGCAACCCAAACACCGGACCCCUUGGCGGUACCUCUGGCAGCAGUCGCAUCGCCGACGACACCCUCAACAGCAACGGUAACGCGCUUCUCGCAUCUCGACGACGUCGCGCGCUGCCGCAGUCGAGCGCGCUGGACAGCACCGGGCAUGACCCACACAACGCAUCUGGCCGGCUCACCCUCGGCCGCUACCCGUUCCUCGCGUCCAUGCCGCGCACUGACUUCAACGACAACCCGCACGGCGUGCACGACGCCAUCGUGCGCCUGCACCACGAGACGUGGACGAUGCUGAUGGACAACCGGCUCAUGGCGUGGCUGCACCGGCAGACGGUGGAUCACUAUCAAAGCGCUACGCAGCUGCGUCAGCGCCUCCUCGACGUCGUCGCCCGCGGGCCCUCGUUCGUUUCCGCCUCCGCCUUCGCCACACCGACCGCCUCCCCGAAGCGGGGCGUCUCCAUCGAGAACAGCAGUUUUGCAUUUUCCUCCUCACCCGCGCGCACGCAGGAAGAGGCGCUGCAGUGCACCCUGGAAAGCUUCUCGCCGUUUUUUGUGGUGAUCGCACCGGCGGCGGCGGUGCAGCGCGCCAAGGACCAAUUUCAAGCCGCGCGACGGGCGCAGCUGCGUGGGGGCAGUCGCGCCGCCAAGACGGCGCCGGCGGAUAUGGUGGGCCUGCCUUUGUACAGCCAAUACGGGACGUGGCGGGAGGCCUACGAGCACCGCCAGCGCUGGAGCACGGCGCCAUUUUCCUUCUUUCUCCUGCAUGACCACAGCUACAACUACGCCCAGGUAACGGCGAUCUUUGUCCAGAUGCAUCUCCUGUACGUCCACGCGCAUACCCACACUCGCCUCUGCGCGCAGACGAAGGCGGAGUCGAUGUCGCUGCAGGACGCAAGCCAGCUGCUCACCACCGCCCGCAACAUGAGCCGCGUUGUGGAGCUGCAGCGCUCCAUGUGCCCGCUGACCGCGAUGCAGGAGAUGACGGAGAACAUCAUCUUGGCCUUCGAGCAAAGCUCCUCCCGGGCGACGCUGACGAUGCUGCGGCGUGUCUUGGACUUCUUGACCGACACCGCGUUGGACGUGGUCACGGCAUACCGGUUUAUCAGCCGAGAGGCGCUGCUGCGUCAGAGCGGGUUUGACCUGCCCGGGAUGGAGGUGCAAAACGCCGGCGCUCCUGCGGCGUCCUCCACACCGCGCUCGACGGCCGCAACAACGCCGUUUGAUUCAAAGGAAACAACACAGAAAAACCUCCACGACACGGACGACGACGACGGGGUGGCGAGCACAAAUGCAGAGCUGGAUGGCCCCAAUAACGACGAGACCCGAUUCACGGGGUCAACGGGCACGGGGCAGAGCAGAACGGCGCAGGAAGACGAUGGGCAACGGCUUUUCAAGCAAGACGAGCUCGUCACCUCAGCACUGUCGCCGGCCGCGAUACCGGCCGGCUUCUUGGAGCCGCAACGCGUCACGGAGAAGGACGUGAAUGACCUGUUUGAGCUGGUCUACUGGUUCGUGGACACCGCCACCGCGAACACCAACGUGCCGGUCGACCAGGAGUUGCUCUGUCCGACUUUCAGCGUCGAUGAGGGGAACGUCAGUGCAGGCAACGUGGCCGGUGCAGAUGGCAAAGGCACCCGCUCUCCCCCUCCUGCCUCUUCCGCGCAGCGGCCCUCCACCAUCCUGCAGCGUCCAGCGUCACCGUCACCGUCACCCAGCGAGGGGCGCUACCUUCCGGGGAAGGAGCCGUUGUACAACGCAGUCGCGUCGUUUGUGGAGGCGGUGGAGCUGCUCGAGGCACACCGCAAGCCGCUCUGGAUGCAGCGCAGUUCUCUCGUGCGGGGCCAGUCGCAGUCGCAGAACAAAAAGGCCCACUUGGUGGCCUUCCCGCGGGCUGAUUCCUCGCGCACCUCGUUGAGCGCUACGGCCACGGCGUCCGCCUCGCCGAUGCUGUCGGCCGACUCCUUCACCGGUCUCGCCACACCGCUCGUGGUGCUCACGACGUACCUCCGUCUGCACGGCGGGCAGUGGCUAAAGCAGCUGUGCAACCGCGUCUUCGACACCCUGCGCAAGCAAAGCGUACUGCUGUACGUAAACACGAUUGAUUUGGAUGCCAUGUGGGGGCGCCUGCAGGACCCAGCACCGUCAUCGGCAGAGGAGCGGCGUGCGUCGACAGCGGCAACGACGCUUCCCGCAGCCGGGCGAGCAGCAGCAGCGGCGGCGGCAGCGGCAACGAAUAGCAACACCUCCACGGCAACGCCAUCACCGCCACCUGGACGGGGCCGGGGCAACGCUCGCCGGCUUCCCAGAACGUCCUUCACGGUCCCUGCCGCCGCCGUGGCAGCGUCGUCGUCCUCACCGGCUCCCCGGGUCGACACCGGGUCUGACAUGGAGGCGGCGCGACAGGAGUUCUUGGAGGGCUUGGGGCACUUCGAGGCUGUCAUCUGCCAAGACAUCCUCUACGCCAUCACGGAGUUCUUUGAGGCACUGCAUGGUAAGCGCUCGGCUGGGCGGCUGCCGCACGGUAUCUCCGUUCUCCUCACCCAGUUUGUCACAACGGUGCACCUCUUCCUGUUGGAGGGCAGCGGCAGCGGGGGCGUUGGGGCCGGCGUGUUCAGCACGGGAGGUGCGAAUGACACCCGCCAGCACCACGGCUACCGCAGCAGCGGAGUCCCGGCGGCGGGCGGGUACGGGACCGGCAAAAAGCCCACCGGUCCGCAAGGGGGCAAUCGCACGAGCACCACCGAUGUCUCACCGGUCCGGCAGGUGGAGGAGCGACUGCGAGUGUGUAAGCAGCGCUACCACGCCAACCUGCGUCGCCGCCAGGCGGACUCCACCGAUCCUUUCCGAUCUGUUACAUCCGCCAACAGCGCCGGCGGCAGCGGAAACCGACAGGCACAGCAGAAAGCAGAGCGCGCCUCUCCGGCCGCGGCGGCGGUGUCACUGAAGCGGCUGAUUCAAACCAUCGAGCACCACCGUCUCGCAAAGUUUAUCCUCUUUGACUGCUGGAUCCUGCCCGCGCUGAACAACGCCGUAGCGCUGGGCUACCUCGCUCCCGACUCCCCGCUGCACCUGCGCUGGAACGUCGACGCCCUGGCACGCUACCUGAAAGUGUUGCUGCACGCCCCCUUCGUGGAGCAGGACAGGAUGUCCUUUUCGAGUUUGGCAGCGCAAGCGCCGCGGAGGUUGAGCAACAGCAGCAAACCGACGGACAGCUCGGGUGGCGGAGGUGGGAAGCAGAAGGCCAGCUCCUAUUCCCGGGCAUCGCGUCGCAAGGCGAGCAAGUCGGCGGACAGUCGUGUGCGGCCGACAAACGUGCUGACCCUGCCGCCGUACCUCACCGGCAUUUACGACGUCGCCACCGGAGCGCUGGUGCGACUGAAGGCGAUGGCGUCGCCCCCGACCACGCCAGCACUCGCGGACACGAGCCUGAAGUUCCUCCCCCGCAGCUCGGUUGUCGGCAGGCAGGCGAGAUUAUCCUCCAAGCUGAGUCUCGAUGCACCGGAGCCGCUCAGCGCAGGGGGCGGCCGGCCGUCCUUUGUGCUCCACCGCGGCGACGCGGCUGACCUGGUCGGUUCGGACGACCGGCUUCCAGGGUGGGGCCAGCCGAGGCAGCCCGUCUUUGAGGCCUUCCCCGCCGACACGAACCGCGACGUCGCCUUCAAGGAACCACCGAUCUCUCCGCUGAAUCCAUUUGCUGGCGGACCGCCACAGCUGGCGGCGGGUGCGCCGCUCACCUUCUCCGACGUCGCAGAGGCCCCGGUGUGCGACGGCGAUGGCGGUCGUGUGGGCUCCGCCCCGACGGAGCGGCAGACGUUGCCGCCGAUAGCGGCGACUGCCGGGGGUCGGGUUGGGAGUGGCGGGAGUAAGAGUGGCGGCCGGCCGGCCGAGUUCACCGCCGCUGGCGAUGGCGAGGCUCUGCAGUCGCCGGUGCGCCGUCCACGCUCCCUCUCCCGUCUGAAUCAACGUGUCGCAUCGAUCUCCUUUGUUGGUAAUAUGCGGGCGGACUCCCUCCCCUCCGUGGCGAGCGGGAGCGGGGUGGGCGAAGACCCCGUCGUGGCGGCCCUCGCGCAGCAGCAGCAGCACCCCUACGUCGUGGUGAGCGACGCGGGUUGGUUGGACAUCUCUCCCGUCAUGCAGUUUCUGAAUGAGGAGCUCGGCCUCACGUGCAGCGAUCCGGAGGGCGAGCGGGAUAUGGAGGGCAGCGGUCGCGAUUCGAACAUCGGAGGUGCGAGUGAGACGUCCUCAAAAGCCAGAGCAGCAGCCACCAUGGCGACGGGGCUGCGUCUACCCUCCGUCGAGGGCAACUCCUUCACCUCGGCGGCCGUUCAACAGGCGAUAACGGAGGGCCUCUCUGCGGUGCAGGCGCUGAACCUCUUCUGCAAAGUGACCGCCGCGGACGAGAGCGAAAACGUCGUCGUGGCGGAGUUCGACGUGCUGCCGACGAUGGCGGCGGGCUGCAUCGAGAAGCUCUACGAUGUCGUUACGGGAACGCACCCGAUGGUGGCGCGUGCGCUGCAGACGGGCGCAUUCAACUUCACCCGACGCGAUGGGCACACGACCCCGCCCGGCGCUACGGGGUUUUCUUCGCUCUUCUCCGCGUGCCUCAACGGGGUGCUGCUGCACCCCCGCACCGCCUCGCACGUCAUGCAGAACAUCUUUGAGAACAGCCCCGCCUUUGGGCAGGUGCUGAUGCGGCCGGUGGCGGAGGGCACGGCGCUGGAGCUGCUGAGCAGCCUCGUCUCGCGACAGGGAGAGACGCCGAUGGUCGACGUCAAUUCGAUUGUGCCGCUGCUGCAAAUGAACCCGAGCAGCGCCCCUCCGCUCAAAGGUGCCAUCGGCAUCAGCAACAACGGCAUCGUUGGUGGGGGUGGGGGUGCCCUUCUGCUCCGCAACGGCGGCAGCAACGCCCCCGCGAUGACCACCGGAAAUGCCCUGACCGCCACCAUCACCACGACGACCACCAUCGCUGCCGCUACCGCUGCCUUGGCGCAUCACUGGGAGAAUGAGUCACGCCGGCUGCUGCGCCAAUUCACAUUCCUUACCAACGGCUUCGCCGACUCGCAGCGGCCGGUGCCGUUAGUCCCCGGCAUUCGCCGCCCUGUUGGCCCGGCGCACCCGAUCCACAUGAUCCGUGCCGGGGCGGAGCGCAUUACUGUUGACAUGGAGGCCGCCGCCGUACCCAUCGUCUUUGAUCCGUGGUGGCGUGCCAUGGUCGUCGCUCUGAGCGUGAAGGCGGCGAACAUGUUUGACGAGUGCCGCGAGGAUCAUACCGCAGCCUUUCUGAAUACCGUGCACGAGAGCGUGGAGGCGGCGAAGCACACGCACCGACAGGCGACGACGCACUUCAUUGUGACAAAAGGCAAGGCGAUUGAUGAGAAGGGUGGUGAAGGGGUGGUGGACGUGAAGCACACGUCCGCCAACGCGGCACGGCGUACGCGCAUCAACGUGACGGCAUCUUUUCGGCGCGGCCGCGACACGCGAAGAAGCAAAGGAAACGUGGCAAGCUCUACGAGGUCGCGGAAGAAGUCAGUCGUCAGGCGUCCGCUCAAGCCCAACUCGGCGGCGUCAACGUCGAGAGCUGCGGCGAGUUGA